CCGGUUCAAGUGAUCGUUCCAUUUCAAAACCAACGUUGAUCAGUUAGCAGAUUAUUAUCUUUUUUUGAAUGGAACACGUAAACUUGCAAUUACACGUGUCCUGAAAUUAUAUUUAUUCCAUCCCUGACGCGCGCUAUUUGUGAAUAUAAUACGGUAUCUUAUUUCAAACGGUUAUCGCGUUUCAAAGUAAAUAAUUCUUACCUGAAUAUAUAUUUACCAUUCCAAAGUAAAAACCUGCUUUUCGCGGGCGCACGUCUAAAUUCGACACCAAAUUUCGGAGUGAUAAGAUGUGAUUACUCAUUAAUAUAUGAGAAGUAAAGUUUGGACAAAAGUUAUAACGUCGGCAAGAAAACCUAAACAGGACGUCCCAACUAGAACGCACUUUCUUUAAAAUACUGUUCGCCUAUUUUCCAUGGUGGUUUUUUCAAGAACAUACCGAACAUGAAUUUGAACUAUGAAGCACUGGACAAGUUUUGCGGAUCAGAAUUUUGGAACGAAACCCUAACAUGGAAUACCGACGACCCAGACCUAACCAGAUGUUUCGAGAAGACGGUAUUAGUAUGGAUUGCGUGUGGGUUCUUGUGGGCGUUUGCCAUCGUCGAAGUCUAUUUUAUUAGCAAGAGUAAGGACCGUAAUAUACCGUGGAACUGGAAGAACGGUUUUAAGUUGCUACUGACGGCUUUGCUGUGCGCGUUGUGCAUUAGCGAUCUAGUGCACAAUGCUGGAGACUCGGAAGGUCCCAAAGCAGACAUUUAUUCCGCUGCAUUAAAAUUUAUAACAUUCAUUCUCGCCGGUGGACUAGCAUACUACAACAAGAAAUACGGAGUCCAAAGUUCCGGAACUUUGUUCAUGUUUUGGUUUCUAAGUUCAGUUUGCGGAGCAUUUCCAUUCAGGACUGAAAUUCGUGACGCGAGAAGAUACGGCGUCCCUGAAGACUACUACGAAUAUAUCAGUUGUCUGGUAUACUAUCCCCUAGUACUAGCAAUGCUUCUUCUUAACUGUUUCGGAGAGGGAACGCCCAGGAAAUACCGUUACGCCAAAGCGAAGAAAAAGAAUCCAGAGGAAAGCGCUGGGUUUCCUUCCCGAUUAACGUACUUAUUUUUCGACCGCAUGAUGCUAAAAGGAUUCAGGAAAUCUCUGGAGCCGAAAGACAUGUGGGACAUGCGACCAGAUGACGCCUGCGAAGUCCUAGUGCCAACUUUUGAGAAAUACUUUCAAAAAUCGUUGGAUAAAUGCGCCAGAUACGACGAAAAAGGCCAUCGACCAACGUCGGAGAAAAUGGGAAGUGAAGCGUCCGCCAGGAAACGCGACAAAAAGAAAGAGGCGUCUGUUUUACCAGCAUUAUGCAAAGCGUUUUACUUGCCGUUUGUAAUUGGAGUUUUAACGAAAUUGGUGGCCGACGUAGUGCAAUUCGCCAAUCCACAGAUACUGGGAAUUCUAAUAGGCUUCAUAGGUUCGGGUCAAUCUCAAUGGAAGGGCAUACUUUACGCGUUCCUCAUGUUCUUCGUCGCCGCAAUCCAAACCAUACUCAAUAAUGUACACCAGCAAAAUUUCUUUAUCGUUGGUAUGCGGGUCAAGGCCGCACUCACGGCCACCAUCUACAAAAAAUCUCUCCGAAUAUCUAACGCCGCGAGAAGAGAAAAAUCAUCCGGCGAAAUAGUGAAUUUAAUGGCGGUCGACGCCAACAAGUUUCAAGAGUUAACGAUGUUUUUGAAUCUGAUAUGGUCCGGUCCGCUCAACAUUAUCCUGGCCAUGUACUUCUUGUGGCAAGAACUGGGACCGUCGGUAAUGGCCGGUUUGGCGGUCAUGUUGCUCCUGAUUCCUGUCAAUGGAUUCAUAGUGAGGUUAACUAAGAGGCUUCAGCUGAGAAACAUGAAAAAUAAAGACGAACGCGUGAAACAAAUGAACGAAAUAUUGAACGGGAUUAAAAUUUUGAAGUUGUACGCAUGGGAACCGAGUUUCCAACAGCAAAUCAUGAAAAUACGGAACAAAGAAGUGAGCGUUAUGAGAAAAAGCGCGUAUCUGGGGGCGGCGAAUGCGUUCAUUUGGAAUUUCGUGCCUUUUAUGGUCACCUGCGUUACUUUCGCCACCUACGUGUUGAUCGACGAAAAAAACGUCCUAGAUGCCAGCAAAGCAUUCGUAUCCCUAUCGCUGUUCAAUAUAUUAAGAAUGCCUAUGAGCAUGCUACCGAGCGUGGUUUCAAAUCUGGUUCAGACGUACGUGUCGUUAAAGAGAAUAAACGGAUUCCUUAAUGCAGAUGAACGUGAUCCGGAUAACGUUUUACAUGAUCCCACAGAAACCGAUCCGUUGAUAAUCGAUAACGGCAUCUUCAGUUGGGGCGACGACCCUAUAUUGAAAAAUAUCGACCUCCGAAUCCCAAAAGGAUCGCUUACGGCCGUGGUGGGUAUGGUAGGUUCUGGAAAAAGUAGUUUAAUAUCGGCUUUGCUCGGCGAAAUGGAAAAACUCGGUGGCAGAGUGAACACCGUCGGUUCUGUCGCGUACGUGCCGCAACAAGCGUGGAUUCAAAAUGCGACCGUAAAGGAUAACAUACUGUUUGGCAAACCGUUUGAUAAAAUACGGUACAACAAGGUGCUUGAAGCGUGCGCGCUGAAAACUGAUCUCGAGAUUUUGGCCAACGGAGAUCAAACCGAAAUAGGAGAGAAAGGGAUCAACUUAUCGGGAGGACAAAAACAAAGGAUAAGUUUGGCCAGAGCGGUCUACACCGAUGCGGACGUCUACCUUCUAGACGACCCACUCAGUGCCGUCGACUCUCAUGUUGGUAAACACAUUUUCGACCACCUGCUUAGCCCGUCAGGCUUACUGCACAAGAAGACCAGAGUAUUGGUUACGCACGGGAUAACUUAUUUACCGCAAACUGACAAAAUCGUAGUACUUAAUUCGGGUCAAGUAUCAGAAAUCGGUACUUACCAAGAAUUGCUCGAUAAAAAGGGAGCCUUCUCGGAGUUCCUCAUGCAACACAUCUCGGAGGAAGUGGAAGACGAGGAAGAAUUGGACGAGAUAGAAGAUCAGCUUGCCGAUACCUCGAUCGCUGUAGAAGCCAAAAAACAAAUCCAGAGACAACGUUCGAGGAUAUCCGAGACCAAGUCUGAAACUGGAUCUCUUAGCGAACUCAACGGAUUCGCGCGAACUAGAUCUAUGGAGAGUUUGAGAAGUAGCAGAAGCCAUAGACGGAAGCAGAGCGCCGCGAUAUCCAUCAAUGCGCCACCAAACGAUGGGAAAUUAAUCGAGGCCGAGAAAAUGGAGAAAGGCAAAGUCAAAUGGACGGUCUACAUGCACUACUUGAAAGCUAUCGGCCUGGUCAUGUUUAUAAAUACAGUGGUCUUUAACAUCGUUACACAGGCGUUGGGUAUCGGCACCAACGUAUGGCUUGGUAUCUGGUCAGAAGACUCCGAAAUGGUUGUAGAUGGAAAAGUAGACACGGGCAAACGGGAUAUGUAUCUUAUAGUGUACACCGUUCUAGGAAUACUUCAAGCUGUCAGUACAUUCUUGGCCAACAUUUUCUUCGCCAAAGGCACAAUGAGUGCAUCUAUAAAACUGCACAAUCUUGUGCUGCACAACGUGCUCCGUCUGCCAAUGUCAUUUUUUGACGUCACACCAUCCGGAAGGAUCCUCGGACGAUUUUCGAGCGAUAUUAGCAUCGUUGACAUGUCUCUUCCUUUUCUAUUUAAUAUAUUUUUUAUGAGUUUGCUGCGGGUUGCAGGGACACUAAUCGUAAUCAGCUACACGACACCGUUGUUCAUCACAGUCAUAAUACCCACUGGCAUCCUCUACAUGUUAAUACAGAGAUAUUACGUCGCAACUUCGCGGCAACUGAAACGGUUAGAGUCGGUUUCGAGGUCUCCGAUAUACUCGCAUUUCGGCGAAACGAUCAACGGGGCUCACGUGAUAAGAGCCUACGGCCAGCAAAACAGGUUUAUCAACGAUUCGGAGGAGAAGGUCGAUCGGAAUCAGAUGUGCAUCUAUCCCAACAUGUGUGCGAACAGGUGGCUGGGCAUUCGGCUUGAAAUGAUCGGUAACUUGAUCAUCCUGUUCGCAGCCUUAUUUGCCGUGCUUGGAAAUAAUCUCAUGCCCGCUCUAGUUGGUUUGUCCGUCAGUUAUUCGAUGCAGGUAACAAACUCGCUCAAUUUCCUCAUCCGGGCCGUUUCGGAAGUCGAAACCAACGUCGUGUGUAUCGAACGUAUUAAAGAAUAUACGGAAUAUCCUCAAGAGGCGCCGUGGGACAUACCAAACACUAAACCCAAGGAAAGUUGGCCAGAGAACGGAGCCGUCGAGUUCCAAAACUAUCGCGUUCGGUAUAGACCAGGAUUAGAUUUAGUACUGAGGGGUAUUAAUGUAAAUAUCAAGGGAGGGGAAAAAAUCGGUAUUGUUGGCAGAACCGGCGCAGGAAAAUCCAGCCUAACACUUGCGUUGUUCAGAAUAAUUGAGGCAGCCGACGGCAAAAUUAAGAUAGACGGUAUCGACGUCGCUGAUAUUGGACUACAUUCCUUGAGGUCCCGAUUAACCAUCAUUCCACAGGAUGCGAUUCUAUUUUCCGGUACCCUAAGGAUAAACCUCGAUCCUUACGACGCCCAUUCGGACGAGGACGUUUGGAAAGUUCUCGAGUUGGCUCAUCUUAAGCCGUUUGUUAAAACUUUGCCAGCUGGUCUUUCUUAUAAAAUCAACGAGGGUGGAGAAAACUUGUCGGUGGGCCAACGGCAACUGAUAUGUUUGGCAAGGGCGCUGCUGAGGAAAACCAAGGUGCUUAUACUGGACGAAGCGACCGCUGCCGUCGACUUGGAGACUGACGAUUUAAUUCAGAAGACGAUCAGGAAGGAAUUUGACAAUUCGACUGUCCUCACCAUCGCUCACAGGUUGAACACCAUAAUGGACUCGGACAGGGUGCUGGUAUUGGACAAGGGCAGAAUUGCCGAGUUCGAUUCGCCAGAGAAAUUGCUCGAGAACAAGACCAGCAUAUUCUUCGGCAUGUGCAAAGAUGCCGGACUGGCUUAAUCGCAACUGUUCCGAAACGAACAAAGUAUUUAAUAGGUUAUGUAGUGGAUAGACGACUUACGUGAAUUGGAAUUAUUUUUUUAAGUAUUUAUUUCAUGUGAAUUAGUUCCGAGUGAAUGUGAUAAAUAAUAAAUUACAUUAUAACCGGUAUCAAUCUUAUUAUUUUAUUAUCGGACUAAUAAGAUACUGCAGAUCGGUUUUUCUCAGUCAUCUUACUCUUGCGACUCGUACGUUUGGUUUCAGGAAAACAUAAUCAAUAUGGAUCUCUAUAUAUCUAUCUAUCAAGUACGGAACAUAGGAUUUUCAAAUAACAUAUGUACGUCAUACCAUAACGUUUGGCUUAGGAUUCGUCAAGAUAUAUUUUUAAAAUAAUAAAUGAAAAAACGGCGUUUGUUACAUUUCUGUAAAUGGUGGUGAACUGCGUCAUUUUCUUG